GUGAAGCUGGUCUGCUGCCUCACCUGUCCGCACACACCAGGUGAGUGUCGACCAAUCAGGCGGCUGCAUCUCACAGCAGAAAUGCAGCAGAACCUGUCGGGCAGAGAGAGAGAGAGCGAGGCGGGCGAGAGACAUUGAGUCAGAGCGGCAACUCCCUCAGAGAGACGAGGAAGGAGGAAGAUGAAGCUGUGACAGCGUCACACACACACAGUCUCUCUCACACACACACAGUCUCUCUCACACACACACACACACACCGAGAGACUGAGUCCAGCUGGUCAGAACACGCCGUGACAUCACUGUGACAUCAUGAGUGCCCCGGCCGACCACGCGGAGGAAAGGGCUCCCGUAGAGGCUUCAGACCCGCACAACAUCCAGGACAUGGAGCUGAGAGAGGAGUGGCAGGAUGACGGCUUCCCCAGGCCGCUCCCAGAGGAUUCUGGGAGUCCAGAGGAGGCGGAGAGUCCGUCAUCAGCCCCGCCCUCCACGCUCGCCCUAUCAGGUGCUGUUGGGGGCGGGGCUAAGAAGCGAUUGGUGGCUCCGGCUCUCAGUCUGACGCUGAGCGGGAAAGACUCACACGACGGAUUCUCCGCCGCCGCGCUGUCGGGAACGCCGGACGAGACGCUUUCACUGGAUAUUAACCUGGAAGCUCUGGAGACGCCGUCUGACAGCGAGACGGGGACGCUGCCAGACAGCACACACGACCUGGAGUGGGAGGAUGAUCUUCCCCGCAUGGCGCGGGCCGGGGCUCGUGUGGUGGCGAGGAGCCCGGUGGAGCAGUCAGAGAUGGGUCUGAUGGAACUGGACCAGGUGGACGGCAGCGGGCGGCGCUGGAGGAAGUUCUGCAUCUCUGGACACGAAUACCUGGUCAACAUGACGGUCCUGGAACCCUACCUGCAGGUCCUGUCACAUGGAGGUUACUAUGGAGAUGGGAUGAACGCCAUCAUCCUGUUUACAUCCUGCUACCUGCCGGAGAACACAGUGGAGGACUACGAGUACGUCAUGGAAAACCUGUUCAGGUACAUCGUGGGAACAUUGGAUCUGAUGGUCUCGGAGAACUACCUGCUGGUCUACCUGUGUGCGAUGGCUCCCAGAAACAAACUGCCUUCCAUCAAAUGGCUCCAUCAGUGCUACACCUCCAUCGACAGGAGGCUGAAGAAGGACCUGAAGGGUCUGCUGGUCGUCCACCCGGCCUGGUACAUCAAGGCUCUCAUUACUGUGGUCAAACCCUUCAUCAGUGAUAAGUUCAGCAGGAAGAUUCGGUUCAUCCAGAGUCUGCAGGAGCUUUCCCAGUUCAUCCCCACAGAGCAGCUGCAGAUCCCCGAGGCCAUCUGCCAGUUCGAUGAGAAGCUGAACCGAUGACGGACGCAGAGGUCGACAGACCGGGUCGAUCCUAAAGGUCAAAGGUCAUCAGGAGCCUCUGAUGACCUUUGACCUCUACACAGAGACUGAGGUUAUUUAUUCUGUGGGGGGGUGACAGGAAGUGACAGGAAGUGACAGGAAGUUAGUGUCCACCUGCUGUCAUCAUGUGAUCAGCUGACUCUACUACUUCCUCUUAACUCAGCCCUUCAACAUAAAAACAGGAAACGUAAAAAACAGAAAUAAAAGAUUUAUCGUCACAAUGAGAAAAGUUUCCUUAUAAACAGAAUAAUUUGAUAUCCAGUAAUUAAAUUAAUAUCAUACAUGUGAUUUGUUCUGAUCUUAUAAAGUUCUCAUGUUAUAAUGAGAAAAUAAAAGAGAGUAAAUAUAAUGAAGACAAUAAGAGCUCAUUAGUAUCAUCAUCCAGCAGCUGGUCACAUGAUCGGGUCACGUGAUCGGGUCACGUGAUCGGGUCACGUGAUCGGGUCACGUGAUCGGGUCACAUGAUCGGGUCACAUGAUCGGGUCACAUGAUCGGCUGCUGGAGCAGGAAGUGUGCAGCACCUGGUGGACACCAGAGGAACUGCACACAGCUGAGGAGGCUGCUGAUUGGUUCGCAGUAACGACACAGUUUACCUGUCGCAGAUCAAAGCUCUGAUCAAACAUUUUAUUAAUUAUAUUAUUUUAUUAAAUGAAAUCAGCUCCUUUGUUUUUAUAGUUUGAAUCUUUUACUCAGAUGUGUGUUGGAUCCAUUUAACCAGAGGAAAGGCUGCAGUGAUGUUCAACAGCAGAGUGAAUGUUUUUAAUCUGAUGGUUUCUGAAGUUUAUUGUUUAUUUUCUUGGUAUAAAAAUAUAAAUGUUUUUGGUGAAACAUAAUGAAAGUGUACAGGAGAGCAGAGAUGGUGUGACGGUGUUUCCUCUGGGAAU